AUGGCCUUCCUGGCGGAUUCGCUCCACAUGGACAAGAAGGUAGUUAGUGUUUGGUUUUACAAUCGACGACAAAAGGAGAAACGUACAUCAUUGCUGAUACCUAACUUAACACAUCAACCGGCAAUCUUGAGUAACGAAAGUCUAACAAUUAAUCAACAAAGAACAAUAAGCUAUCAAGCAAUCAGAUUGGUUGACAUGUUAAAGGUGAGAUCCGUACUGAUUGGUCUGCACAAUGGAAUAGAUACGUACGUCUUCCCGUUGAACAGACAUUCAGCACAAAAUUCAAGAACUAUUGAACGCUUUUCUUUUGGUCUACCCGACGAGCAAAGAGAGAAAAGGACAAUUUUUGUGUUAGGGACAAAAGGUCCAUACCACAAGAAAUUCAUCAACAAUAUCAUCAACCACGUCGUCGAUGUUCAACCGAAAGACAAGUUUCGUUUUCAAAUGGUUGAAGAAGAUGAGCCUAGCCAGACAACGAAUUGCAUUUCGGUCUACGAUAUCCAUUACGUUCAAGGAUUUCGGAUUCCUUAUUCGCUGACAAUUGUUGUUACGCCCUACUUGGCCGAUUCGGAAGGGUUGGAUUUUUUUGGGAACCAAAAAAUUGCAGAAAUCUUAAGUGGAUUCGUUGAAGACAAGGAAGGGAUUAAAGAACUGGACAUGAUUUGCAAUGUGAUCACAAAGGCAGAUACAAAUCGAUCGGUUUUAUCCAUCUUUGCCAAGGAUGUCGAGGAGAACGUUAACAGCUGGGAACUGACUGAAGAUUUUCUGGGGAAUCUGGACUCCUGGCGAGAAGUUAUUCAACAUUUUUUCGCCAUGCUUGCUAGGAUGAAGGCCAAGUCUCUUUCGUUGACGAAAGCCGUUUUGGACCAGAGAAAAAAAUUAUGCAUGGAAGUGGAGAGACUUCAGACAAUUGUCUCUGUAGGAUUGGCCAAAAUGGAAGAGAUGGGUAUUGCAAACCAGGCACUGAUGUACCACCAAGCACAGACUGAAAUGAAAAUGAAACAAAGGAAUUAUUUGCAGCAACGUCUUUCAGAUUCGGCUGUCAUGAAUUUUCCUUUUCGAGAGAAUUACAUGUGGAAUUUGCACUAUGAUCAGCUACUUGGAUUGCGAUUUGAUGAAAAUGAUUACGAUGUUGCAGUGACAUGGCACUCCAAAGUGCUGCAGAAUGACUUGCUUCAGAAUGGGAUAUCUAUGCUGAAACUGGUGCAUUCCAUUUGGCAAUGCAUUUUACACCUCAACACGAUUACCCUGUACAGGAAUACAUUCUUGAGCCAAAAGGUGUUUCGCCUCAUUGUUGAAGCUGAGCAGCAAUUAACACAACUAGGAAUUCAAUAA